AAAAGCUGCCACUUUUAUGAGGAAACAAUGAGCCGAAAUCUCCUGACAACUAUUUUUUGGUGUUAAAGAAAGCCAAUGGCGCAUCAAAACAAAGGGAGAAGGAGAGCAAUGGAGAGGAGAUCGACUGAGUUCUUGAAGACCCACGAUCAGAUUCCUUCUUCCUUUUUCAAGAUCAUGCUUGGCGAUUUCAAACAUGUUCUGCAUAUUCCCCUGAAACUCGCCAAGGCAAUUGGAUGCCUGGAUAAGCAAACUGUGAUUCUCAGAGAUUCAAAUAGUCAAUCUUGGAGGGUCAAGUUAUCCAUGGUCGAUGGUCGGUUGGCCUUUUGUGAAGGGUGGGAUGAUUUCGUGCUGGAUCACUCUAUAAACCACGGGCAGUUUAUAGUGUUCAAGUUCAUAGAGAAAUUUGUGUUUAGAGUUCGAAUCUUUGGUGUGAAUGCUUGUGAGAUAAUAGAAUUUGAUGAGAUAAGAGAUGAAAGGAGUGCUGGAACUAAAACAAAGACAACUGGUAAAACCUUUGAAGUUUCUGGACUCAGAAGCAGAAUUGACAAUCGUAAUCCGGUGAAGAAAGCAAGGAAAGAAAAGGCUUCUACAUGUAACUUGGAAGUGCCGAAAACAAUUCAGAAAAGUUCAGAGCAUGCUGGUAACAUUUAUUCCAAUGCUGUUAACGAGAAAAGAAAUGGAAAUAGUACCGGGAUUAAAAGAAAGACAGCUGAGAAAACUUUUGACGUUUCAGGACCUGGAAGAAAAAUUGACAAUCGUUAUUCAGCAAAGAAAGCAAGGAAAGAAAGUACUACAAGUAACUUGAAAGCACUGAAAACAAGUGAGAAAGGUUCAGAGAAUGUGGGUAACAUUCACUCCAAUGCCAUUAGUCCUGUUGUGAACGAGAAAAGAAACGAAAAGAGCACUGGAGCUAAAAGAAAGAUGGCUGAGAAAACAUUCAAAGGCUUGGGACUUGGAAGCAAAAUUGAGAAUCAUCCUUCACUGAAGAAAGUAAUAAAGGAAAAAACUCCUACAAGUAACCUGAAAGUGCAGAAAACAAUUGAGAAAAGUUCAGAGCAUGUUAAUAACGCAGUUAGCCAUGUUGUCAUCACUGAAAGUUCUGGAAACCAUUGGGCUGCCAUUACAAUUCCUGUUCCUCUUAGUGAGCUGCCCUGUGAUAUUGUGAAGAAGUUGCGUGAUGAUGAAACCAACGUUAUGUUUUCUUCGGAAAAAAGCUGUUCGUGGGUGGAGGAUGUUAUAGCACUAAAGAUGGUUACUCGCAAAUUUCUUCUUACAGAAAAUGGUGUGUGCCACAUUGUGGACGAAAAUACAGAGAAAACUUUGAUAGAUCUCACUGAAUGUGAAGGCAGAGACUAUAGAUUCAGAUCAUUGAAGAUUGGUAAGAAGUCUCAAGGCAAAGCAGGAACUACUAUUUCAGACAAGAGGAUUCAGGAUUAUCAUAACCGUUCUCAUGACAUGCAAAGAUAUUAUCUCCGUUCUGGUUUUGCAAACUCCAAACCGAAAUGUACCACUUACCAAACUCCAAGCCCAAUGGAGGCCCAACAAGUAAGCCCAAAGCCAACUGAAGCUGAAAAGGACCCAAUCUCUGUCACAUCCAAAGCAAGAACCAAAAUAAAAGAAAUCAAUCCCAACCAAAACAUCUCCCUCCACUCCUCAGAUCGACCUUCUCUCCUACCUCAAGCUUAUUGGCUUUCUGAUAGGGAGCUCAUUUUCCCCAAAAAAGGAACUGAAAACAAAAUAAGCCGAAGCCGAAGCCCACAAUUGAAGCUAGAAGAGCAAGGGGUGAAGGCCCAAGUUCAGGCCCAAGUUAAGAAUCAAGGUCCUAAAAGGUGCACCAAGUGUCUGUCCUCCAAAACACCACUGUGGAGGCCAGGCCCAUUAGGCCCCAAGACUCUGUGUAAUGCUUGUGGACUUAGGUUCAAUUCUGGUAGGCUUUUGCCUGUAUAGGCCCGUUAAGAGCCCAAUUUUGACAGUUUCAAGUAUUCAAGUUCUCAUAAGAAAGUUUUGAAGAUGAGAAUGCCUACGGCUUUCUUUUCACUGAGUAAUUAAGAGAGUAGAGGAGAAUGCCGACUUGUACCGUAAAAACACAUGAUAUAAUGUGGUAGUAGUAGACAGUUUCAAUGUAGUCUAUAAAUAGUAGUGAACUUUUAUUAUGUUUUUUUCUAGCAUUUUUUUUUAUAUAAGUUGGU